AUCUGUUUAAUUACAUUCAACAAUAGACAUUGUCACAAAGCAGCUUGACAAAAAUCUGGACGGAGAUCCAUAAUGAGCGAACCAGAAGUAGCAGCGGCAUGGAAACACUUCCUGAGACAAUACGAGGAAGAAACCAGACUCAAAAGGAAACCCGUCCUCUUCUCUGUGCCAAUCGAUUAUAAAUCAUUACCAUUUACAGGUGUAGAAGAGUAAAUCCAAGCAGUACUGAGUGUGUCGAAGAGAUGUUCGGUCGGUGAGAGUAUAUUGUGAAUAACAGUCCUGAGAUGAGCACAGGGCAGUCUUAUGAUUCCAGCAGCAGUCCUUAGGUACAAGUCUAUAGUAUCCACGUGAGGUUAUCCGAUGAAGAAAGGGUGAGACUUGGGCGUUAACUGUUUUUGGGAAGUGCGAAUCUUUACGUUAUCCACGUGGGACCAUGUACAGCAGCACAUGGUGAGUCAUAAAUGCAGAAAGCGCCAGGCAGAAAUAGAGUAUCAGGAUGAUUCAGGCGGGUCUGGAGGGUGAUGGAGCCAAAGCAGAAGAAAUGUGUCAGGAUCAAGCAUCCGCAUACGGUGGUACAUGAAAGUGUGUGAACCCUUUAGAAUUUUCUGUAUUUCUGCAUAAAAUAUGAUCUGAUGGAUCUAGAAAAAGAUUGGGAAAAUAUUGCCAAGUCAAGAUGUGCCACGCAGAUAGACUCUUACCCAGAAAGACUGAGUGGUGUAAUAAAAUCAAAAGGUACUUCAACAAAUUAUUAGUUUAGGGGUGUGCACAUUUAUGCAACCAGGUUAUUGUAUUGUUGUUGUUUUUUUCCUAUUUUUCCGUAAAAUUUUUCUGAUUGUUUUUCCACUUAAUUUUUAUGUUAUAAUUUCACAUCGAGGGUGGAAAAUGAUCUGACACGAUUUAUCUUUAAUUUGUUUACAUUGCAAAAACUUGCCAUUUUAACUGGGGUGUAUAGACUUUUUAUAUCCACUAUAGUGUAUAACUAAACACUGGGUGUUAGGUGGGAUUCUUUCCAGUCAGUCACAGUGUACCAUGCCCAGAUACAUUCAUACCUAGGGCAAUUUAUCAAACCCAAUCCACCGCCUACUGUCAUGUUUUUGGAAAAUGGGAGGAAAUCUGAGAACCUACAGGAAAACCAGGUGAAACUCCAUGCAGACAAUUAUCUGAGCUCAGGACCAAAUUGGGGACCCUAGUGUUGAGAUGGCAAUGCAACACACUGCACCAUUGAUGAAUUGGUGUAACUUGGUUCUACUUGUAAUUUAAUUAGUUCGACCUAACAUGCUAAAUAUUUGGGUUAUAGUAAUAAAAUCAAUCUGUGCUGCAAUCUUUCAUUAUUCUCCAUUUUUUUAUUUUGUUAUUUUUAAUAUAUUUAUUUUAUUAUAUCAUUUGUUAUUUUUCUGUUAUUUCUUACAUUAUUUUCCAUUAGAUCCUUUUUUUUUUUUUUUUUUUUUUUUUUUAAACACUAAAAGUGUUUAGAUGACAAAUAUGUACAAGGUCUGUGCAUGCAUCUUUACUACACUGUGUUUUCUUUAAGAGGACUAUCCCAUGUCUUCUGUUACUUUCUUAGGAUGACCAUGCUUGAAAGUGAACAGCAAUCUGCCUGAGGCCAUUCGCAUACAUCAGCUCCUGCAGAGGUUUGUUAACACACAGCAGUGACUCGACAGUGCAGCAUGGAGCAGGUGGAGCAGUCAGGAUCAGAGAGCCCCCAGCCAUCAUCCAUACAGUCCGACACAUCUACAGCUCCAGCAGAGGAAGGAACCAGCGGAACGAGUACCCGCAGGAAGCGCAGGAAGAGGGAGCCACGGCCUGAAUCGAUCAUUGUGUACCGGUCCGACACUGAGAGGACUGACGGAGAUGAGCGAAGUGGAGAUGUGGAAGUCACAGAGAGAAACUCGGAGGAAGGGGCUAAAUUUCUCACAACCCCAACGGGGGAAGCAGGCUGGAAUCUACCCCCAGACAGCCGCUAUGUGACGUUAACCGGCACCAUCACACGCGGGAAGAAGAAAGGUCAGAUGGUGGACAUUCACGUCACACUGACAGAGAAGGAGCUCCGUGAAAUGGCCAAAUCCAAAGAGCGUCUGGAUGCUGAGUGUGAAGCAGCAGCAGGAGGAGCAAAGCGCUCGUGUGGUUUUGGCUUAGAUCAGGGUCCUCAUGUGGUGCUGUGGAGUCUCUCGUGUGCUCCUGUCAUCUUCCUGCUCUCCUUCAUCACCUCAUUUUACUACGGCACACUCACCUGGUAUAACGUGUUCCUGGUGUACAACGAGGAGCGGACGUUCUGGCACAAAAUCACAGUGUGCCCGUUUCUCAUCAUUUCCUACCCGCUGCUCAUCAUGGCUGUGUCGUUGUCUCUAGGGCUGUACUCGGCGGUAGUGCAGGUGUCUUGGGUGUUCAGUGAGUGGUGGUUCUCAGUUAGGGACCUAGAAAAAGGAUUCUGUGGCUGGGCUUGUGGGAAGCUGGGCCUGGAGGACUGCUCUCCAUACAGCAUUGUAGAAUUACUUGACUCAGACACAAUUUCAGGGAGUCUACAAGGAAGAGGUCCUGGCGAGAGUGUGCAGACUUCCUCUGUGUGAGAGGUGGACUCUGAAUUGGGUUUCUUAGAGUAAAAAUGGUUCAUGGAUUAACAUCUAUUUGCUGGUCCUGGAACAACAUUCCACUUGACCCAUCACUGCUAUUUGAUGUCAUUAGUUUGCGCUUCUGGAUUCUCCCCCACCUGAGUCCUGAAUGCACCUGUCAGUUUCCAGAUAACAAGGUUAUUGUGUAGCUUGGAAUAUCAACUCAUAAAAUGAUGCAAAAUUGUUUAGUUGUUGAAAUGUUUGAAACACUGAUUAUAUUUAGCUGCAGUCAACCUUUUAAUCCCAAAGGUGUACAAUUAGUAGUUUGUGCUUAGCUUGCAAUAAUGUUCACCAUGUUGAACUGCAAUAAUUAGGUCAGUAAAUUAGCCAAAUAAGAAUGGCAAGUAUCUAGUCUCCUCAUUUAAUAGAACAUAUGAAAUUGGUGCUGUUUCAGUAUUUUAAUAAAUGAGGGUUUUUUAUUUAUUUCAUUUAUUUAUUUGUUUUAGGUCAUUUUUAAAGGACUUUUCAAGCAUUGGAGGCCUGUUUGGGCUUAAAUACUUGAUUGCAGCUAAACAUGGCUAGUGUUACAAAUUCUUCCCUUCUGGAGACUUCCAGAUGGAAGCAACACUAUAAAGUUCAGCAGGAUAGAUAGAGAGCGGUACAAGGUUUACUAAGGUUCUCUUAAUAUUUUCAGGGCUUUCAACUGACUAAAAUCUGGAGCUUAACAAUACGUAAUAGUUUUUUUGGAGGGUUCAGCUAACGCUAGUUACAGAUGCACUUGGCCAACGCUAGUUACAGAUGCACUUGGCUAACCCUAGUUACAGAUGCACUUGGCUAACAUUGGUUAAAGAUACACUUGGUUAACGUUAGUUGUUGAUACACUUGGCUAACGUUGGUUAAAGAUACACUUGGUUAACGUUAGUUGUUGAUACACUUGGCUAACGUUGGUUACAGAUACACUUGGUUAACGUUAGUUAUUGAUACACUUGGCUAACGUUGGUUACAGAUGCACUUGGCUAACGCUAGUUACAGAUGCACUAGGCUAACGCUGGUUACAGAUGCACUUGGCCAACGCUGGUUACAAUUGCCCCCUCCUGCAACUUUUUGGUCCCACAGGAUCCCACUGAUGAUGUUAGAUGGCAGUGACUGGUUGAAAUGUUGUAUCAGAAAUAACAAUGCAAUGUUGAUCUAGUAACAUACCCUACUUGAAGAAAUAAUGGUCACUGAGUACAUCUGUGCUGGUUGAUUUGUCCUAGUUGUAUUGUUUGAGUGUGAUUACAUACAGUAUAUGGGUCUUAUUAUUGCUUGUGUAAUGUAUCCAUGUCAGUAUACACCACGUAACAAAUGAAGUAAUGAGCUUAUGUGAAAUACUUUAUUUGGGUUCAUUUGGCCUUUUCUUGUUAAAUUUUUAUUCAAGAUCCUUUGCCAUUAUUUUGUUCCACAGGCAAUUUUAAUUUUUUUCCUUUUUUAUUCAUAUAUUUAUGCUAUUUAUUUUUACUCUAUUUAUUUGAACAGAUUGUGUCUGGAUAAUUAACAGUUGGUGCCAGGAGAGCUUUUCCAAGACUACAACUGAAAAUAAAGAAAAAUAUUUAUAAUAAUAAAUUUUCAUUAAAACCUUGUGCUGUACUGCUCACCACAUUUAAAAGAAUAUUGUUCAGUAAUUUUUCUUAAUGACUGGUGAUUAAUGUAUUUUUAAAUAUUUUCAAAUUUGAUAAAAUUCUUCUCUUUUUUUUGCACAGAUUUUGUCUUUUUAAAAUAGUCUUUUUGCCUUUUUAAAAAAUAAAAUGAAUAAAACCAAGAAGGUAUGAGUUACACUAAUUAGAUACAAAAAAUUAUGGUAAUUAUUGUAAUCAGUUUUCUUGUUACAAACUGACAGUUGUGCAUGUGUUCAAAGUAUACAAUAUAAAAUGAACUCGCUUGAAAUAAAAUUCAUACCUUUGCAUAAAAUUAAAUAUGUGGCUCUACAAUGUAUUUAACUCACAUAAUGUCUGUCUUUUCCAUCCUUUUGACAAUCCCAGUCUAGGUCUGAUACUACAUGGCUCUCUUAGGGUUUUUCUAGGAACAUAAGGUCAUGCAUAACAAACAAGUCAUAUUUGCAUAUGUGCUUUCCAUUGAUUUGCUUAUGAAGACAGGGCUGUAGGGCUGUUGUUACUGAAGCUGUGUUUAUACAUGAAACUUGCCUGCACAUACAGUAUUGUGCAAAAAUCUUAGGCAUGCUAUUUUUGUUAUAGAUUUAUGGGGGGUCAUGUUGGCUUAAUAGAUAGCACUCAGCACGAGGCACAUUUGUCUUGCACCUCCACA